AUGGAGACCCGCAGUCAAGCCGCUCAGCCGGCCCAACCACCCAAGGAAGCUGCCUACGCGCAAGCUUCCAAUCCAGUUGAACAUAAACCAUCUGAGCAACGUGCAUCUGCCCCUCAAACUCGUCAAUACGGCGACCCUACCGCGUCAAUCACACGAGGCCCGGACUCCAAGCCAUCCAGCGACGAAGCUCGUGCACGCCUAGAUAGGCAGCACCGACAAGAACGAGCCGAAAUGCAGGACUCCCCCGAUCUGGAUCUGGAAUAUGGAGUCGAGCAGCAACCUGCAGAGGGUUACAUUGCUGACUCGGUCCAGCGUAAGGGAGAAGGAAUGCGCCGUGCGCAAGCUGGUGCACAUGCUGGGCCGGUCGGCAGUGCUUCUGGCCCUGGCCACCCGGGAUUCGGGGAAGAGAGAGAUCUUGCAGCGAACAUGGAUCAGAAACGGGUGGAGCAUGAUCGUCUGUUGGGCGAGAAGAUCGGUCGCAGUCCUAUGGCCCCGGACUCUGAUGUCGCCGAAAGGGAAGCUGUGCGGCAGCGUAAAUUGAAGAGAAAUGAGGAUGUGGAAAAGGCGCUGAAGGAGGAACCCGGAGCGCCUGUUGUGGGUUAA